CGGGACUAGGCAGUGAAUGGAAGAUGGCGGAGGAGACCGAGAAGGCAGCCGGUGUGCCAGCAGUUCCGGUGUCGUUCAGUUUUUCUCGAACUAGCGGACGGAAGCGGGUUCUCCAUGUAACUGGGCAGGAUGGCAGCGAAGGGAAACAGGAACUCGAUUUUCUCUCUGCUAUUGAAGGGAGAGAAUUGCAAAGUGUUCGACCCGCCCUUCAACCAAAAGAGCUUAUCAUUCCCUUGAUCCGGAAGAACCAAUGGAAGAAGCCAGAGGUCUCUGAAACCCAUCAGGAGCAGGAUGGGGUUAAUGGUGUGGAUGCACAAGCAGUCAAAGAGCUCAUUGAAGAAUCCAAGAAAUCACAGGACCAAUGGGAAAGUGGAAGCAAGGUCGACCCCAACUUGGUAAUUCCUCUCCUCAUGGUGAACCGUGUGCCUGAUGGCUUUGAAGAUGGGGACAAGGUGGAUGUCAGCCUCCGCCCAGAAUCAUCAACUGAGGCAGAUUAUGAAGAGGUACCAGUGGAAGCUUAUGGUGUCGCCAUGCUGAAGGGCAUGGGCUGGAAGGCAGGAGAGGGCAUUGGGCGCACAUUCAGACAGGAUGUAAAGCCGCCAGAAAACCGUCUUCGACCCAAGGGCUUGGGCCUUGGAGCAGACCGCUCAGCAGCCCAGGAUUUGCAGCCCUCUCGAUCCCGGCGACCCCUGAAGCCCGGCGAGGAACCUUCAAAGAGCAAAGAUGAGCCUUUGGGGUUGGUUCCAGGAGGUGCCGUCUUCAUUGAAAGUGGGCCUCAUAAGGAGCUAUAUGGAAAGAUUGAAGGUGUUGAUGGAGAUAAUGCUCGCGUCAUGGUGAAACUGGCAAUUGGCAGCAAAGUGGUCACUGUGAGUCAGCAUGGAGUUCGGCCUGUUACCCAGAAAGAAUACGAUAAGCUGGCUAAAGACUUAAGUCGCCUCAGCAAGGCUCACAAAGAGAAGGAGGAGGAACAGAGGAAUGGGACGAAGGACAGCUCUGAGAACAGGGCCUCCAAAGGCAAAAAUGAGAGCAGGGACAAAAAAAGGAAGCACCCAACAGGUGCGGACAGAGAGAACCAUACCAGGAAGCAGAGUAAGUGUGCUGACAGUUCCACUUCCAGAGCUUCUCACUGGUUGCGCCAAGAUCUGCGAGUCCGUUUUAUAGAUAAGCUCUACAAAGGGGGCAAAUAUUAUAAUACUAAGAUGGUAAUUGAAGAUGUCCUCAAGCCGGACACAUGUGUUUGCCGAAUAGAAGAGGGACAGAUUCUGGAUGGGAUCCAUGAGUCUAUGCUGGAGACUGUGAUUCCUCGGAAUGAUUCAGACUGGGUUAUGGUGGUGCUGGGGGAGCAUGUUGGAAGGAUGGGUCGCAUUCUGCGUCGAGACAAGGAACAGAGUCGUGCUGUGGUGCAACUGCAGCAGGAUGAAGAAAAGCUGCUGACCCUGGACUAUGAUGCUAUCUGUCACUACGUUGGUGGCUUGGAGGAUGAUUGAGGUCCACAGCUCCUCCAGAAGAGAACAUCUGCAGAACAGAGGAACUUCUCUUCUGAGGCUCAAGAUAGAAAGUCCAGUCCAUAAUGUGUCAUCUUAAUGGAGCGGUGUUGGAAGUACUGAGCAUGACAGAGGACACUGCUGGCGGCCUGCAUAUGGACAGCAAUCCAUGAUACAUAUUCAGAGUUAUUUGGCUGUUUUUUUUCUAAUGAAAGUUAGAUGUGCUGUUACUUUUUGCUAGUGACAUGUACAGAUCUCUGAACCAAAUAUGGUGCUCCAGAACUGCCAAAGGCAAGAGCUAUCUAGUAAAGGCACUAUGUGGCAUAAUCAACCAGUUGCUGGUCAACUCUCGAUCUAUAGGAGUAAAAAGUAAGCCACUCCCAG